AUGUCUACUACCGAAGAGACUCCUUCCGUUGGGGAAGACCUGAACCCCAACCAGCGACUCACUCUUGAAGAGAUGGUCUUGGAGGAAAAUAUGCCUAACCUCUACGACGACAAGGUUCCGGCUAAGUGGCUUGGUGAGGUUGUCAUGACUUGGAUCAGACAGAAGAAACCUCCCAUUUCUGGCGAAUUGGCACGGGCUAUCUACGGGAGCACGCAUUUUCCAAGAAUGCAGGCGCCGGAGUACGAGCUCAUCUCCGCUAUCGUCGACGAAGAAGCCAAGAAUCUUGCUCUCGAGAACCGUCUCGCUGACCGCAUGCUGUGGCCUAGCACCGAUCCGAUUAGCUUCUCGCUGUUGAAGGCCGCUGAGGCGCACACCUUCCUCGAAGAGUGCAUCACGGCUGUGCCCAAAUCUUCGGGCCGAUACGNGCUGAGGCGCACACCUUCCUCGAAGAGUGCAUCACGGCUGGGCGCAAGUGGGACUCCGUCGCUCCCGANUGACGCUCAUCACCUGUUGCGAGUAAAGGCUUCGUUGCACCUUUUCGAAGGCUGGGCAGAACAGAAGGGGCGCAAGUGGGACUCCGUCGCUCCCGACUACUAUCAAGUCAAGCGGGCGUGGGCCGACGCUUGGGCCGCCGACCCUGUCUUCAAGGAUCUCUUCCUUAAGAUCAAGGACCCAGCUACGAUGUGCGCCUUUCUCACCUUGGGACCAGGCCAGUAUCGCAAGGUGGUGGAAAGUGUUGAUACCUUGUUGGCCAAACCUGUCAUUACCAUUGAAGACCUUAUUGCGGCUGAGAAGCCCUAUAUCCGUUUGCCUCUGAAGCGUGAUCUUGCGGGGCCUACACCGAACCCCAAGAAGCAGAAAGGCAAAGGGGGGAAAGGCUCCAACAAGGGCUCCAAGGGAAACCUGAAUCUGAAUGGGGACAAGUGCCGCACCUGCAUUGAACAGGGCGUCUCUGAGGCCGAAGCGCCUGUGUGGACUCCUGAACAUCGGAAGGCCAAGCAUCCCAAGAAGAAUGAGAAGGGUUUUCGGGGCGGUCUGAAGUGA